CUUUCUUGCAUGAUAUCGAACGUUCGAACAGAUCCCUGGUCGGCACGAUUAAUAACUCUCUUCACUUAUAUAUAUUAUAUUUGGUGCUCAGGAAAGUACCCUUUUCUGGCACACACCGUCAGAACCUUGAUCGAGAUCAUCACCACUAUCUAGAACAUUAACCAUGAACGUCAGCCCGAACCGCUCCAUCGUCAUCAUCGGCGUGGGAUCGGCCAUGUCCCGCUCGCUUGCCCUCUGGCUCGCAAACGUGGGCUGGAACAUUGCCCUCAUAUCUCGCUCUGAGAAAAACCUGUCCAAUAUCGCCGAUGAGGUCAAAGCCGCUCAGAAAAGCGUAAACGCCAAGGUGAUCUACCGUACCGCCGAUGCCGGCAACCCCGCUAGUUUGACAAGCGCCCUGGACUGGUGUGCUCAACAGUUUGGUGGCAAGCUUGAUGUAUUGAAUUACAAUGCCGCCCAUGUCGCUCAGUCACACAUUACGGAAGUCACUCCGGAGAGGCUGAAUCUCGACCUCCAAGUCUCUGCGGUGGGUACCCUCGUCGCAGGCCAGUGGUUCACCCGCAAUGCCAACACCGACCGUGUCUCUAAGGGUGAGUGGCCGCUCUUCCUGGUCACUGGCGGCACGCUUGAUAAGGAGCCGCAGGUGGUGGCCUCUUCACUGUGUGCUGCUAAGGCAGCAUCGCAAACUCUCAGCCGCCUCUUUGCACAGGCGCUUCCGCAGGAGGCUCAGAUUGUGGUCGGCAUGCCGCUAAUUAGAGCAAGCAUUGUUAACCCGGAGACUGGCGGCUAUACUGAGGGAUAUCAUCCUGAUAAUAUCAUCCAAGCGGUGUUUAGGCCCUUCUUUGAAGUCCGCGAGAAGCUGCAGGAUGGACUAGACAAUUGGACAGUGGAACGUGUUAUCUGAUCAUAGCAAGAACACAUGUAGGGAAGGGGGUUACCAUCAAUUGAUACAAUAUGCAUUAUCGAGAAUAAUUCUCCGCAGAUGUUAAUACACCAACG